UAUCUUCUUCACUGUCAUCUGCUUUCUCAAGAAAAAUAUGAACAGGCCAGGAGACUGGAAUUGCAGGUCGUGCCAGCACCUCAACUUCCAAAGGAGGGACUCAUGCCAGCGCUGUGGAGAACCGAGGCCCGGUGGCGAGAGAGGCGACUAUGGAAGCUUUGGUGCUAGGGGUGGGUCCGGGUCGUCGUUCGGGCUGUUCACUGGACCCGAUGUUAGGCCAGGCGACUGGUAUUGCACUGUGGGCAACUGCGGGGCUCACAACUUCGCCAGCAGAUCAAUCUGCUUCAAAUAUGGUGCAGCCAAAGAUGAACCGUCUGGAGGAUUUGAAGGUGACAUCCCACGUAUGAGGGGAUAUGGCCUUGGCAGUGGCAGCUCCAGUCGCUCUAACUGGAAAUCUGGAGACUGGAUUUGCUCCAGGUCGGGUUGCAAUGAGCACAACUUUGCCAGCAGGAUGGAAUGUUUCAGAUGCAAUGCACCAAGGGACUCCACCCACAAAUCUUCAUACUAAAUCAAUAAAAUGAAUUUUUCAUUUUUGGGUA